AGAAUUAUUCAGAGAACACAUCUCCUUCUCCAUUUUGACUGUACAUCUUCCUUCCCACGCAUCCAGUUGCAGGGCUCUAGCUCGUCUCCCUCUGUGUUCUAGUGCUCCUCUCCUCUAUCCAGAAUUCCAGAUUGUCUUGCUUGCUGCAAACCUUCAUUCUCUUGAGGUUACCAGUGAAUCGAGUAGUUCCGUGUACGAGAGAGAGGUGUGUGCUAACAAGUGGUAUCAAUGUUAGGGAAUGUGAGCUCAAACGGUCCGUGCCAGCCCAGGUUCAAAAGAGCAGGACGGUCAGGAGAAUAGACAUGAAAUAUUCAGAGUGUUACUGUUAUCUUUCUUCUCCAGUUUUCUCUCUUCUAUGUUUCCUCUACCUUCCCUCUAGAUUCUUCUAGACCCUUCUAGAGUGGCUUCAACAUUGUUCUUCUAUCCUUAAUCCUCAUGCUGUUCUUCCUUCCCAGACUAUAAUCCUCUGUAAUCGCUAUUGUGAGUUGAAUUAAUACACACUGGUAGUGUGAGUUGUUAACAAUUGGUAUCAGAGGAGCGAUUCUCCGAACCCUAGCACCAUGGAUUUCUCUACCGAGAUCUCUCAGUCCACUCAGUUUCUCAUCCAAGAGAUCCGUAAGAUGUUCGACGCGGCCGAGGCUCGGCUUGACUGGCGCUUCGCCAGACUGCUGCAGUCGAACCGUGACGCGGUGAGUCCACUACCUCCUCUUCUCGUCGUCGACGAGCCGAACCGCGUCGUGGCGAGCCCAUCGCCGCUUCCUCCCGUCGUCUACGAGCCGUACCGCGACGAGGCCAUGGCAGGAGCCGACGCCAGGGCGCACUACGGCGGGUACCUGCCCUGUGAGAGAGGAGGCCUCGCCACGGCGUGGCAACCGGGCGACCUCUUCGGUAGAGGCGUCUACUCCGACGAGCAGCGCUUCGAGGAGCCCAUCAGCGCCGACAACUGUGGGGCCGAUGCAAGGCGAGAAGUCGCGCUCGCGGCGCGUGUGCUUGCCGCCGACACGUGCGCAGCCGGGAUCCUCGACGGCGCUGCGCCCUUUGCCGCCACCAGCGAGAAGCAGAUGGCACCUGUGGCAUCACCUUCGCCGUUCUCAUUUCUGACCACAACAUCAGCGGCUCGAGUUGCAGUCAUGGAGACCACCACCAGCAACUCGCCACCCAAGUGUUCGGCAAAAUGCUUGAACGUCUCAUCGACGCCCAAUCUGGCGUUGGGCGACCCAGAGGAGCCGGAGAAUAUCGUCGCGUCGAAGCCCGUCGUGGACAAACCGGUGACUAGCGCCAACACCAAGACGUUCCAGCACGAGAUCAAGGACCUGGCAGUCAACGUCUAUGGCAAGUGGCUGAGGCUCGGGAUCUACUCUGAGGUCAGGUUCCAGACCUGCACCAAGGCCCAUUCCGGGUCCCUUAGUCACGAGGAGCAGGACGCCAAGACCUUCGCGGCAUGGGGAGUGGAUUAUCUAGCAGACCCGGUGUCCUACUCCGAGGAGUACGAGCUCUUGUUCGGCAUCUACCACUCGACCAACACCGAGGACAGAAUUCUUACCACCAUGCCAACCUCGACAUCCACGCUGCUCCACUCGUCAUUGACAUAUGCACUUCCAGGUGCUUCCCUUCCAAACCUUGCCUUGCUGAGCUCGAUGUCUCUGGAGCAUGCCAGCUUGGGUGCACAUCACGUGUUGGAGGAAUUGUCAACACGCACCGAUGACCUCUUCAGCAAUAGAAUCGGCUCCAAGCCCACACUCAUGGCCUACGGUAGUGAGCUUCGUGUAGUCCGAGCUGACAAGUCAAGACGAAGCCCUGUUGGUAAGAUAAGAGAGCUCAAUGAAGACAUAAUUGUUCCCGAAUAUUAUUACGCUGGUGGAGAUGAACUCCAAUCACUUAAUGCUUGGUUUGGUCCAGAGGGGAAUAUUCAGAUAAUAGUUGAACUCCAAUCACUUAAUCUAAACAGUAGACCAUCCUUGUCAUUGGUGGUUUCGCUGGAGACUAGUACGAGUCCUCCAAUUCUAUGGCCAAGCCGUGGACCGCUCAACAUGUUUGCUAUGGUUCUAUGCACACUUGAGGAAGCUGAUCAAUCAUUCAUAUUCUACAGUAUCGGCAGCUUGGGAGCAAGUGUAUGUGCAGCAAUAGAGAUGACCAUGGGCAGUCGAUCAAAGGAUAGCACCAAAGAAAUACAGAUGCCAUGGGAUCCUGGGUUGCAGAAGACCAAUGAGUUCGGUGACCAAGGCAAUUUCUCCAUCUUUGUUUGGGAUCCUGGUGAUCACAAUGUUCAGCCGAUCAAAGGAUAGCACACUGGUAUUAUUUGGAUAAAUUGCUUGCACUGGCAAUGAGAUCUCGAUGGAAUUGAUGCCAUGUAUCGGCUUGGGGGCAAGCCGAUUUUUAAGAAGGGGAGAAUGUUAGGGAAUGUGAGCUCAAACGGUCCGUGCCAGCCCAGGUUCAAAAGAGCAGGACGGUCAGGAGAAUAGACAUGAAAUAUUCAGAGUGUUACUGUUAUCUUUCUUCUCCAGUUUUCUCUCUUCUAUGUUUCCUCUACCUUCCCUCUAGAUUCUUCUAGACCCUUCUAGAGUGGCUUCAACAUUGUUCUUCUAUCCUUAAUCCUCAUGCUGUUCUUCCUUCCCAGACUAUAAUCCUCUGUAAUCGCUAUUGUGAGUUGAAUUAAUACACACUGGUAGUGUGAGUUGUUAACAGUCCGGCACCGGAACCUGAUCAGGGUGGUGACCUGCUGCGCCAGCGUGGACGCGAGGGGGGACGACUUCAGGGCGCUGGUGUUCGAGUUCAUGCCGAACUACAGCCUCGACAGGUGGCUGCACCCGGGGUCCCGCGAGCUCGACAAGGACGUGAAGAGCCUGAGCGUGGCCCAGAGGCUCAGCGUCGCCCUGGACAUCGCCGACGCGCUGAGCUACCUGCACACGAGCUCCGUGCCGCCCAUCAUCCACUGCGACCUCAAGCCGAGCAAUGUCCUCCUCGGGGAGGACAUGACCGCGCUCAUCGGCGACUUCGGCCUCGCCAAGCUGCUCCUUGACCCGGGGAGCGACGACCCCGACCCUCGCGGCUGCGCCCAGGAAAGCACCAUCGGCAUAAGAGGGACGAUUGGAUACGUCGCACCAGAGUACGGCACGACGGGGAAAGUGACGACGCAUGGCGACGUGUACAGCUUCGGGGUCACGCUCCUGGAGAUCUUCACCGGAAGGUCGCCCGCCGACGGCGCGUUCGAGGAUGGGCUCACGCUGGUGGAGUUCGUGGGCGCGGCGCUGCUGCACGACAAGAUCGAGCAGGUCGUCGACCCGGCCCUGCUGCCGGCCGUGGGGUUCGAUGGCGACGCGUCCCGUGGCUCAGGGGAGAGCGGCGCGCGCGUCCCGGUGCACAACUGCCUGGUGUCUGCCCUGAGGGUCGGGCUCCGCUGCACACGGGCAGUGCCGUACGGGAGGCUGAGCAUGACGGAUGCGGCCUCCGAGCUGCGAGCGAUCAGGGACGCUUGCGCAGUUGCGCUCGCGCCGCCAGUGUCCAGUGAUUCCUAGGUGUUCGGCUGGUCAAGGUAAGAGUAGGACCAGUGAUUCCUAGGUAUUGUACCGUGGCUAGUGGGCUGAUCUAUGGGCUCACCUAGGUCAAGUUACGUGUGUCUGGGCCAAAAAGCGCGGCAUGGGCUCAUUCCCCACUGCGAAGUUCAAAAGCCUGCGUUCGGCACGAGAUAUGGGAUAAUGGGAACACCAUUUUUCUAAAAAUUCCUAUUUUUCCAAAGAAAAUAAACUAUUUUUCCUUUAAAGAAUAAAAA